GUGGGUAAGGAGGGCGCCAUUUCCUUGCCCUCACGUCAGUAGUUACCCAGCAAGCAUAGAAGGAUGUACUCACUCUCGUCUCCAGGAAUAUAUUGUUCAAGAAACACCCACUCCUCUGGCCCUGCCCCCUCCACCCGCCCCUUCAUGGAUUGGAGGUCCUUAGCGCGGGUGCAACAACUCCUGCAGGACGCCGCGCCCAGCCAGAGGGAAAAACUCUUCUGGGACGUGUACACCCAGCUAGCCGAGUACUUUGGUCAGCCCCACUUGCCGCUGCAGAACCGAGACACCUACCGCAGCCUGGCCAGGCUGUCACCGAGUCCUUGGAACCAGGUAACUCUCUGCAACCGGACCUUAAGCAACAGGUACGAGGAGGAGUUUGAGGAGGUGAUGGUGCUCGGCGACGGAGGGUUCGGACACGUGGUGAAGGCGCGAAACAGACUGGACGGCUGUUGCUACGCUAUAAAGAUAAUUGACAUGGAGGACAAGGGCAACGUAUCCCCCGACCAGAGCCUACAGGAGGUGCGCGCCCUGGCCAAGCUGAACAACCCACGAGUGGUGCGCUACCACAAUGCCUGGCUCCAGUGUGACCUGCGCGCCUGGCCUUCUGUGGGGUCAUCUUCCGGGGGGACAGCCAGUGACUCGGAGGAGGAGGAUGAAGAGGACAGCAUCAGCAGGACCUCCAGGGACAGAAGCGAUGAUGAGAAUGGUGUGGUCCCAAGCCUCCCAUCAUGUCACCAGGGGAGCCACGUGUCCGCCGAUGACAGCGUUGUAUUCCAGUCUUUAGGCAACGGGCAACAGCGCUCAGGGGGAGGGUCACCCAUGGCACUCCAACCAUACCGCCCCCGCCAGGCAGUGCCGCGCCCCAGGAAGACUCUAUACAUCCAGAUGGGGCUGUGUGGGGAGUCGCUGAAGGAGUGGCUGGACCAGAGGAACAUGAACACUGAACCCGUGGCCAAGGACAGGUGUAUGGGGAUCUUCAGGGAGUUGACGGAGGCUUUGACCUACAUCCAUGACCUGGGCCUCAUACACAGAGACGUCAAGCCAGCAAACAUCUUCUUCACCCUCGAGGGCCACCACCACCACAUCCAGCUGGGGGACUUUGGGCUGGCCAAGCAGAGCGUUCAGCCGCCCACGUCACGCCUCGGUGCCGACCUUGACCUUGUACCCGUUUUAGCGCAGUGGAACACCAGUCGCGUCGGCACCAAGCUUUAUACGGCUCCGGAGGUGGACAGGGGCAGCAACUAUGGGCAAAAGAGUGAUAUGUUUAGCGCGGGCAUCACCCUGCUGGAGCUGCUCUCGUCCUUCGCGACCAACCACCAAAGGGUUCAAGAAAUCAAGCACCUGAGGGAGGAGCGACGCCUUGACCCAGAGCUGAGACGCAGGUGGCCAGAUAUCGCCCUCUUGAUCCUCCAACUCACCGACCCUGACCCAGCCAAUCGCCCGUCAUCAAAGGAGUUACUGACCUCGCCGCUCAUUAAUCCAAAGUCUCCGGCUAACACCGCGGGCACCACCAUUGCCCCGACAACUGUACCCCCAGACCCAGGACUUUCCAAUGGGGUGCUUGCAAUGGGAGAAGCAAUCAGGAGUAUCAAGACCUAUAAUUCAGAGGUUAAUUGCGUUGAGUCGACCAAUCGCCCAUCAUCGGAGAAGCUACUGACCUCACCGCUCUUAGACCCAUUCCCACCUCCGCUGUCUCCGGCUAACACCGCGGGCACCACCAUUGCCUCGACAACUGUACCCCCAGACCCAGGACUUUCCAAUGGGGUGCUUGCAAUGGGAGAAGCAAUCAAGAGUAUCAAGACCUAUAAUUCGGAGGUUAAUUGCAUUGAGUCGACCAAUCGCCCAUCAUCAGAGGAGCUACUGACCUCACCGCUCUUAGACGCAUUCCCACCUCCGCUGUCUCCGGCUAACACCACGGGCACCACCAUUGCCCCGACAGCUGUACCCCCAGACCCAGGACUUUCCAAUGGGGUGCUUGCAAUGGGAGGUGCAAUCGGGGGUGUCGAGACCUAUAAUUCGGAGGUUAAUUGCGUUGAGUUGACCAAUCGCCCAUCAUCAGAGGAGCUACUGACCUCACCGCUCUUAGACACAUUCCCACCACCGCUGUCUCCGGCUAACACCGCGGGCACCACCAUUGCUUCGACAACUGUACCCCCAGACCCAGGACUUUCCAAUGGGGUGCUUGCAAUGGGAGGUGCAAUCAGGGGCGUCAAGACCAAUCGCUCGGAGGUUAAUCACGUUGGAACAUUAAAUACGAACCCGGUUAUGAGGUCGUUAGAAGUCAGUUACGUCACCGAAAGUUCCAGCGUGAUUAAUACGACUCGGCGCCAAAUCUCGGAUGCUGAAGAGAACGUCAUUCUGAGGGAGGAAAAUUCAAGGCUGAAGAGAGAGUUGGCGGAGCUCGAGCGCAAACUUCAACAUCUUGGUGUCUCCAAUUCCGCUCCACCAACACUCGACAAGUAGCGAAAGGAAAUGCGCUUUAAUGUAAACCCAACAUAUGUAUACCAGUUUACUUUUUUUGCUUUUUCACGCUUGCUUUUAAAGACAUGUAACCAAAUAGUUUAGAGCAUUUCCCGAGGCUAGAGCUAAACCUGCCCUCACACACACACCAUUAUAACCACCUAAUUACGACUUAAAACCACAGAAACCCAGCUAGGCAUACACAGCAAUUUGAUAUUUUACUAUAACAAUUGUUUCUAAAAGUCGCACACACACACACACACACACACACACACACACACACCAACAUGACAAUUCACUUUUUUACGCUUGUUUUUGAAGAUGUAACCAGUGUAGAGUAUUUUCCGAACCAAGAACUCGGCCUACUCACACACACACACACACACACACACACACACACACACCAACA